CUGGCGGCGGCGGGAGCGCGGCUGCCCGCCCCGGCCUGGCCCCGCGGGUGCGGAACGCAGCGCAGCACAACGCAACGCGGCGAGCAUGGUAGCGCGGCCCUGACCGCCUCUCCACGGUGGGGACGGCCGCGGGACGGCGGCGGCCCGUGCCCUGGUGGGAGGGGGAGAGGGAUGACCGGGGUGCUGGAGAGCCUGGUGCCGGACAUGCACGCCAGCCAGAUCUCCGCCAGCAGCUACCAGCACGGUGGCUUGCACAAGCCGCAGGAGUCCCCCACGCUGCCCGUCUCCACGGCCACCGACAGCAGCUACUACAACAACCAGCAGCACGGGGCGGCGGGCGGGCCGCCCUACGGCCCGGUGGGCCCCUACCCCUACGCUGGCGGCGGCACCGCCCCUUACUCCGCCAAGGCCGGCUACGACCUCGGCUACGCGGGCGCCUACGGCUCUUACGGGCCCUACGGCAGCAGGACCUCUCCGGCCAACAACGACUCCGCAGAGAAGGAAGACUGCGAGCCAGAAAUCAGGAUCGUGAACGGGAAGCCGAAGAAAGUGAGGAAGCCCCGAACCAUCUACUCCAGCUUCCAGCUGGCGGCUCUGCAGCGGCGCUUCCAGAAAACCCAGUACCUCGCCCUGCCCGAGAGAGCAGAGCUGGCGGCCUCCCUCGGCCUCACCCAGACCCAGGUGAAGAUCUGGUUUCAGAACCGCCGCUCCAAGUUCAAGAAGAUGUGGAAGAGCGGCGAGAUCCCGGCGGAGCCUCCCCCUCGCCGCAGCUCCUCGCCGCCGCCCCCCACCUCGCCCCCCACCUGGGACUUCUCUCCACACCCGCGCACAGCGGGGGGCACCGGCACCGCCAGCCCCAGCCCUGCCUCAGCUUUCCUCGGGAGCUACUCUUGGUACCCCCCGGGGCCCGGCGGCCCGGGGCACCUGCCGGCUGCCGCCCCCCUCCCUCAGCCGACGCAGCCUCCGCACCACCACGGCGGCAGCGGCAUUUUCUAGGCGCCGCAGAGACUUUAGCCCGAGGGGCUACUGAGGUGCAGCACUGGUAUUUUGGUGAAGCCCGGCUCCGGCCGUCCCGGAGGAGAGGAACCGGGUGUCCGCGCCCCAUCCGUUGCGCCGCCGGCGGCGGACCCCU